AGCGAACUUGAGUUUGGUGAAAAAGACGGUGCUAUUACUCCUGCUAUGGAUAUAUUUUCCUUAGGGUGUGUGAUCGCUGAACUUUUUUUAGAGGGCACGCCAAUCUUUUCACUAGCUCAGUUAUUUAAGUAUAGAGCUGGAGAAUAUGAUCCAGGGGUUUAUCUGGAAAAAAUUGAAGAUGCUGAGAUAAGAGUUUUGGUGAAACAUAUGAUUCAUGUAGACCCUUCUCAACGAUAUACUGCAGAACAAUACUUACAAGAAUGGCGUGGCACAGCAUUUCCCCAAUACUUUUACACCUUCCUCCACCAAUAUAUUGGUUCGGUGACCGACCCCCAUAAUCAAGCUUAUCCAAGAACGCUGUCUACUAAUGACACUAACAAAGCAGCAGAACCUCAAGACUAUAAUGCUACAACGAGACCAAUUAUAAACACAGAUGCGGAUGAUAAAAUAGAAAGAAUUUAUUAUGAGUUUGAUAAAAUAGCAUUUUUCCUUGGAUUUUACGGCGAGAAUAUUCAAGAAACUGAAAUGGUUGUUAAUAAUAGCCAUGCUAAUAAAGUUGGUGAAAGUUCUCGCCCUGUAGAAGUAUUAUCUCCAAAUGCGACACCCGCGUUAGCGGUUAAUCUUCAUAUACCAAAUUAUGACUAUUUUUCCUUUAAAAAUAAAAGACCAAAUAAAAAUGCCGAUGAUGGGGCACUAAUAUUUCUCUCAUUGAUAUGCGCAACUAUCCGAAAUACUGCAUAUCCUUCAUCAAAACUUCAUGCAUUGGACAUGUUGCUUGCAAUUGGUCAGCAUCUGGAAGAUGAAUUUAAAUUGGAUCGUUUAGUCCCUUAUUUAAUUGCACUUUUGGGAGAUGAAGUCGGUCUUGUUAGAGCUAAUACGGUUAAGACGUUGGCGCAUUUGCUCUCCAUGGUUGAGACUAUUACUCCUUCAAACGCUACUAUAUUCCCUGAAUAUAUAAUGCCUAAUCUUCGUAAAUUUGCUACUGAUCCUGAGAUCCUAGUAAGGAUGACAUAUGCUCAAUGCAUUGCAACUUUUGCUGAGACAGCCCUACGAUUUCUUGAAUUGACACAAGCAACAGAAGAUUAUCUAAAUGUAACUGAUAAUGAUACUGAGAUUGAAGGAUCAUAUGAGGCGACCUAUGAUGCUACUUUGCAUGAUCUUCAAUCAAUCAUACAAGAACAAGUGACCACUCUUUUAAUUGACACUGAAAGUGCGGUUAAACGUGCUUUACUGUCAAGUAUCACUAGCCUUUGUAUUUUUUUUGGUCGACAAAAAGCUAACGAUGUAUUAUUAAGUCACAUGAUAACAUACUUGAACGAUCGUGAUUGGAUGUUGAGAAGUGCAUUUUUUGAAAGCAUAAUUGGAGUUGGUACUUUUGUUGGAGGUCGAAGUUUAGAAGAAUAUAUUCUACCUUUGAUGAUUCAAUCUCUUUCUGAUGCGGAAGAAUUUGUUGUAGAAAAAGUUCUUAAUUCUCUCACAAGCUUAGCUGAAUUAGGAUUAUUCCAAAAAAUGAAGCUAUGGGAAUUAAUUGCAAUUGUAUCGCCAUUAAUGUGCCAUCCUGGUAUAUACAUUCGUUAUGCCUCUAGACUUUUACCAACGACAGAUGUAUGGUGUAUUGUAUAUCCUAUAAUUCGGCCAUUUUUGCGGGCUGACAUUGCCGAAGUCACGGAACUUCAUCUAUUAGAGAAUGUUAAAGAACCAAUCUCACGGCCUGUAUUCGAUGCUGCUGUUACUUGGGCUGGCAAAUCCAAUAAAUCUUUAUUUUGGAAACAAGCUAAAGAACGAAAAACAAAUAAAUCAACAACAUUAUCGGGUAGUUCUAGCGUUAUUAAUUUAUUGUCACGACGAACCUCGACACUUGCAGUUAACGCUGGGAAAAUUGUCAAGUCAGAAGAGGAUGAACAGUAUUUGGAAAAAAUGAGAAACAUUGGUAUGGCAUAUGAAGACGAAGAAAAAAUAGUUGCUAUGAGAGAUUAUAUUUAUAAAUUAUCUAUUUCUAAAAUCAAUACUCGUCCAAGGUUGGAUGAAAGUCUUAAGAUGGAGGAUGGAUCCAUUAUAUUGAAAAACUUGGGAAUAACCCCUCAUAAUGUUUUUGUCAUGCCAACUAAUUCUGAUGGACAUAUCUUAAAACAAGCAAACGUUGUUGGUACACCAAGCCCUUACCGGAUAUCAAGUGCAAAGAGUAGCAAAGCGUCAUUGGCAGAACCAUCAGUUUCACGAGUUCCCAGUGAGAGUAAUCUUCAGCUUCUCAAAGCUGAAGAGCAAGCUCGCUUGAUUUCCACCAGCCUUCGGGAAGCGAGAAUUAAUGCAGGAGGAAAGUUUCCAGUUAAAACUAUGUCAACUUCGCUUCAACCUGAACUUGUUUCUGGUAUUUCAUCUUCCACAAUGAAUCGUAAGAAUGUGCCAAGCCCUAUUACAAUAAUCAAUAAUCACAAGAAUACUCAAGAUUCCUCAACUGCAAGUUUUUCGACACCAUUACGUGAAAGGCACAUUUCGUUGGUCAAAAAACCUGUUGAAAGCCCGAAGGCGGCACCUGCAACCAGUACAAAUAUAACAACCGUUAUUGGGACAAUGGAAAUGCCCAUUCCUGCUGUUUCCAAGCCAGAUAUUAGCAUAACUAAUAUUAACGGACCACAGGUAGAAGAAAUUCCGGCGAGAAAAAAUCUGGGUGCAUUUGUUUCCAGCACAUAUGAGGGUAAUGAUCGAAAUGUCAAAAAUUUGUUGGAUAGUUUAUAUCUUGAAGCAUUUCCCGAACCUAUGCCAGAAUUUGGACCUAAAGUAACCAAAACAUUGGUUCCACGUCCUGCAAGGAGACCACCCCUUGCGAAAAAUAUUUCUAAUUGGAGACCAGAAGGUACAUUGAUAGCUCACAUGACAGAACAUAAAUUAGCCAUUAAUCAAAUAUGUGUCUCUCCUGAUCAUAACUUUUUUGCGUCAUGCUCUGAUGAUGGAACGGUCAAGAUAUGGGAUUGUUCUCGAUUCGUUAAGAACUUUAAUAACCGCUCAAGAGUCACAUAUGAUCAACUGGGUGGCAAGAUCAAGUGCAUGACGUUUAUUGAUAGCACGCAUUGUAUCGCAGCGGCAUCAGAUAAUGGAAGUAUUCAUAUAUUUCGGGUUGAUUAUUCUCUUGGCAUCAACGCGCCAAAGUAUGGAAAACCACAAAAUGUGAGAGAUACAUACUUGAAUGGAGAAUAUGCAGUUGCAAUGGAACAUUACGAUACUGGCAUAGAGUCCAUUUUACUUUAUGCGACAUCAAAGGGAAACAUAUGUGGAUUAGAUUUAAGGACAAUGCAAAUAGCGUGGGAAUUUAGAAAUCCAAAAAGCCAUGGUGUAAUCACUGCUAUGGUGUCUGAUAGAUUACAUAGAUGGCUUCUUGUUGGUACAUCUAGAGGAAUAUUUACUCUAUGGGAUUUACGGUUUCGAAUUCAAAUUCGAUCAUGGGUUCAUCCUACGAAAAGUCGAAUUAGUAGACUUAUUUUGCAUCCCCAAAUUGGAAGUCAAAAGUGGUGGGUAAUUGUUGCUGCUGGAAAAAAUGAAAUUUCGGUUUGGGAUGUAGAGAAGGUUGAAUGUAAAGAAGUUUUUGGCGUGAGAACUGGUGAUGAGAAGAUUGGUGGUAUAUCUUUAGAUAUGUUUAAGGCUGUUGAUCCUCCAGGUCCAAAUGAUAUAUUACGAAGUGCUUUUACGGCUCAUGAAAGCAGUUUUUCAGCAGAUAAUUCUAUUCGAGCAGUUCUUUAUCCGCGUGAAUGUAGUUAUAUGAUAACAACUGGAUCUGAUCGUAAAAUCAGAUUUUGGGACAAUAAUGAGAUAGAAAAUUCAUUUGUGAUUGUUGGGUCAGAUGCUGAUGAAAACAAGCCUACAUAUAG